AGAUGAAGAAUGGAAUGACAAGCAACAAUUGUAUCCAACACUUCGAAUUGAUAGAGAUACUCGUAAGCUUUUAGUGACUUGUAUAUCAUUUUUUAGUGCUACUAAAUUUAUCAUAAUAUAAUAAUUAUCCAAAGUUUAUUGCUACUUGAAUAUUUUUAAUUUUCCAAGAUUUCUUAUGAAUCAAAUUUAUCAAAAAAGAUACGUAACAAUUUUCCUUGCAGAAUUAUUUUUCUCGUUUCAUUCAUUCAAAAUUAUUAUAUUUCUCCAUCCAUGAAAGAAGAUUAAGUAGUAAGGGAGGAAAUGAAUUUUCAAAAUUUGAAUCGUUUGAACGCGUUCGCAAACAUGGUCUCGGGAAACUUUUUACCGAUGACCAAUAUAAAUGAGAAAUUGUCGACAAUUUUGAAAAUCUAUUUCGUCGUCGCUUGGAUAAUAGAAUUGAUAUACGUGGCCGCCUCUUUCCUCGGACUUUUCAACGUGUCGGGGGAAAAAGCGUUGAAGGAUGGGACGGUGAACAUAGCCAUCUCGUUUGAAGUGAUAGUCUUCAACAUAUAUCUGCACAGUCGUAAAAAAUUGUUGCAUAAAUUAAUUGGAAAGUUGAACCAUCUUCUGAUCACGGAAGACGAAAUAUUUCGAAGUGUGAUAAUUGAUACGGUGAAACCUUUAGAGAUGCCUUUGAAAAUUUAUGUAAUUGCCAGUGUUGCCUCGCUCAUGAUAUGGAUAUUAUCCCCGUUGAUCAAAUUGUUUCAAAAGGAUGAGUUUUAUUACGAGGAUUUCAUAAUGCCAGCCGUUUUCUCCAAACAACAACCUUUCUCCAACGAUGUUUUCAUUUGUGGGAUAUUUCUUCAAUUGCUCGGCGGUGAAGAUACGAUAAUUAGAAAAAUCAGUCUUGAUAUCUACACCAUAUACUUGUGCCUUUUAAUUACGGCUCAAUACAAAUAUCUUAGGAUCAAAUUUGCGAUUAUACUUAAAGAGGAGCGUGAGAUAACGAAAGAUCAUUACAAGAAUAUUAUUUGGCGAAACGACAAUGUCAGACAGGAAAUGAAGUUGGUAACCCGCCAUUUUGAAACUGUAAUCGAGACGACUACUAUAUUGAAAAAAUUAAUUUCUCCCAAUAUUGGAUUUCUUUACUUAAGCUACGUUUUCCGGUUCUGCUUUCUGAGUUUUAUGUUUGCAAUGACCACGGCCAAGUAUUUUGAAAAAUGUUUGCUCGCAUCGUAUACGAUCGGUGCAUUAAUACAAUUUUAUAUAUUAUGUUAUUGUAUUCAACGUUUAUUUGAAGCGAGUUCAUCUAUAGCGGAUGAUGUGGUGUAUGAAAAAUGGUAUUAUUACGACGUACGCUUUCAACGUGUAAUUCUUAUGAUAAGUUUGUCUAACGAAUUAAAGUGUAAAAUAUCCAACUUUCAAAAUAUUGAUUUAACGUUACCAACUUUUAUGUCGAUUCUAAAUCAAGCAUAUUCGGUAUGUUUAUUAUUUUUGAAAGCAAGACAAGAUUGAAUCAAAUUAUUGUAAUAUCUUGUAUUAAUCAAUAGUACAUGUGAUACUUAUGAUUAAAAAGUUUCUCAUAUUAUAAUAUU